CAAAAGCAGCAUCAAUAUCCUUUCUUUUGGCCAUUGUAUCAAUGCCCUUCACCAACCCAUUUCAAAAACAGCUUCCCAUAUCGAUUGUUAAAAGUGUUUUCUUCCGUUCUUUCUGAAAUGGAAAUGACUUCGCUGUCUCUUUCCCAUGCCAGGCUCCUUCCAAAGCCUCUGGUGACCUACUGCACUUCCUCUCUAUCGGUCUCAGCUCCAAGCUUGCCCUCAAAAGCUUCAAUCCCUGCUCACACUCCACUGCUCUUGAAUUGCUCAAUUAGCUGCUCAGAACAGCUUCGAGGAGCUAAGAUAAGAGCCAAACACCGGCAGCGAAUUCUUGGGCCUGUGUAUGCUUCUUCUGAAGCUGAAGGGCCUCCUUCAGCUGAUGUUGUUGCUGAAAAAUGGCUUCUUCAACCUGUUGGUGAUGGAGAUACAAGACACAUAGGUUUCAAGGUUGAUAUGCCAGGUGCCUUUGAAAUUGCUUCUAACUUGGUCACUGUUGGUCGUCUCCCAGAAAAAGCAGAUAUGGUGAUUCCAGUUGCUACAGUUUCGGGCCUUCAUGCUCGCAUCCAGAAGAAAGAAGGGAGCCUUUUGGUCACCGACUUGGAUAGCACCAAUGGGACAUUUAUCGACGACCGGAAGUUGAGACCUGGAGUUGCAGCCACCGUACCACCGGGGAGUUGCAUUACAUUCGGGGAUACGCAUCUGGCGAUGUUCCUAGUCUCGAAACUGCAAACCGCGGAAGCUUCUUCCAAAGACGAAGAACCCGAAGAGAAACCAGAGCCCGAGAGCUCAGAGGGUAGUACUGAAUCGGCCACCUGAAAGCACCGCGGCUCUUUCCCACCAUCACCUGGAAAUAAAUGCGGCCUUCACCGCAUGGUUGAGAUGUAUCUGCACGAUUGUACGUUCUUCUUCGUACGCUCGAGCCAUAGAAAAGAGGGUUUUUUACAUGUCCCCACAAAUUAAUUAGAGGGCAAAUGAUGGAACUCCUACGAUUCUGAGAUGACCAUCUUUGUCUACUACCAAAAUAGCUUUUGCUCUGGUCUUUCUA